GACAUAAAACUCAUAUCGCAGGGCGCCGUACCGGCCAUACAGUUGGCCCACGCGGGCCGUAAGGGUAGCACUCCAGUCAUAGGGAAAGGUGUUAGGGGGGAGACGUUAACGGCUAAGAAUGGGGGCUGGGAUAUCGUGGCUCCCAGUGCCAUAGCCUAUAACGACGACAAGUCUCAAGUGCCCAAAGAGGCCACUCUGGAGGACAUCGAAGUACUGCAGAAAGCCUUUGUAACGGCGGCCAUACGUGCGGUUAAGGCUGGCUUUGAGGCAAUUGAGUUGCACUUCGCCCACGGCUUCCUGGGCAGCACAUGGCUGUCCCCACUCUCAAACACGCGGACCGACAGAUACGGCGGUUCACUGGAAAACCGAAUGCGCUUCGGGUUAGAGACGGCACACAGAGUGCGGAAAGUCAUCCCUAAAGAGACUCCACUUUUGGUACGUAUUUCGGUCACCGAUUACGACAAUGGGGGAUGGGAUGUGACACAGAGUGUGGAGUUCGCCAAACGGCUGAAGGCUAUCGGCGUCGAUGUCGUGGACUGUAGUUCCGGUGGAGUCUUCGGAAACGUAGACUACGGGUCCUUAAAUACGGCGGAAGUGCAGCACAAAGCGGCCGCUACUAUACAACGAGAGGCCGGUAUCCCGACGGCAGCCGUCGGCAAUAUAGUGCAUCCCUUUCAGGCGGAAAAGCUGUUGCAGGAUAACAGUGCGACCCUUAUAUUGAUCGGUAGGGCGUUCCUCAAUAACCCCCACUGGGCUUAUGGUGCGGCCGACGUGUUGGCAAACCCCGAGACCUUUAAAUAUCCCGAACCCUACGACUGGUGUAUCGGCGCUAAACAGUCAUCCCUACUGUUCAGUCCAGUGACAAUCAAUGGCAUAACCCUCAAGAACCGCAUCGGUGUGUCCCCUAUGGUCACGUGGGUGUCGGAGGACGGGUAUGUCAACGACUUUCAACUGGCGCACUACGGCUCGUUCGCCAUCGGAGGGGUCGGCCUAAUAGUAGUGGAG